UCCCGGCUUCAAGACACUUGCUGUGCCGACUCCCCAACUCAUCCCAGCUGUCUGCAGCCGAGCUGGAGGAUCGCUGGAUGGAGGAAGCUUGAUGUUUCGGCCCUGAUACCUGUGUAUAAUUAAUACAUCCUAAAUGUCCUCUGGAAUUUUCAUUUUUUGGAGAUAACAGAUGUGGAUUUUUGAUACACAGCAGAAAUAUUUUGUGGUUACUUUUGGAAUUUAUAAGAAGAUCUGAAAAUAUACUUUAAGCUUGGAAAAAAAGACAUGCUUCCAAUAAAAAUGCUUCUCUUGAAGCGAACAUGCUGUCCUUCAAUGAACUUUUAUCGCCCAUGGGCAAUGGGUUGUGAUUCCUUACUGGAUCAGUUCGGCAACUGCUCCAAUGAGGACCAAAUAUUUGACGUUGUAGGAAAAAAUAAAGCCAAGCUUUCAGUGAAACAUGUCGGGCAUGCAAUACAUCUACUCUGGCAAUUUCAAAAAGAAAGGCCACAAAUGUUGAGGACUAUAGAUUUCGUUAGAAAACAUCCACAGUUCAUGGUUCUCCGUGUGUUAGCUGAAAACAAGAUUGAUCUGAUGGAUGAUGAAACAUUGGUGGACAUGUUAUACAAUGCACUGAGGUUGAAUGUUGAACCUCAUGAUUCAAUGAUACAACAAUUUAUGAUUGAGGCAUCAAGACGGAUCGAAAGGUUUGAUAUGGCUACAUUAUCCAAGUUUGCUGUGUGCCUGACUGAUCAACAUAUGUACCACUGUCCACUGAUGGGAAAAAUCACUGAUAUUGUUCACAGGAAGUUGGAAUAUAUACACGAUGCAAGAAUACUUUCAUCUUUAAUGUUAAGCAUCUCUGGAAUGGUCUCCACACAUCUUCGGAAUUGUCUGAUAGAAAAGGCAGAAUUUCUGUUGGACACCAAAGAUUCUCAAUUUAACAAUCCACGCCGAAUAGUACAAUUUCUACGCAACAUCAAGUUCAGUUAUCGUCCUUUGUUGGAAAAAUGCAACAAGAUUUUUCUUCAGAACAUAAAAAAUCUAGAUGCUGAUAACAUAAGUAUAAUCCUUGGAGUCUACCAGUCUUUACAUUUUAACAACUGUGACUUUCGCUUAGCUGCUAAAUGGAGACUGACUGAACUUAUGAAUGCACACAGUGACUCUGCCAGUUUUGCCAAGCUAUUUGCAGCAUUAGGACCUUUAUCUGGAUCAGUGAUUAGAGAAAGGCUUGAAUCUGCUACCUUGUUAAUGGUUGAUGAGUUUAGCCCUUCACAAACAUUAGCAGUUAUAGAGACCAUGGAAGAGAUGGAAUGCAGGAAUUCACAACUAAUUCAAAAAUUUGCAACCGCUUUGUACACACAAUUGGAUCAAUACAAGCCAGUGGAUAUUGCAAGAUUAACAAAGGCAUUGCUGUCACUUCGUUGUCAAAAUCCAGAGUUGUAUGCAGAAUUGAGGCGAAUGUUAACGAGUUAUCUUCACCGCAGUUUUAUCCCUUAUGAGGUGUCCAUGUUAACUCGGGUUCUCUCUCUCCUUCCUUCUGCACGGAUUGAUCACUUGAUCUCUACACGUAUCGAUGCUGUCUUGCCCCAGUGUAAUUUAAAUGACUUGAAUGCAUUGGCCAUUGCCAUCACCAAAUGGGUACGGAAUGGUUCCUUAUACCAACCUGGCACAGCAGCAGUGUACAUGAAACUACUACAGAAGCUGAAUAAGUGUGGUUUGGAAAGAUUGCAGAAGGCAGACAAUAUGGAUCUACUGAUGGAAGAGCUAAAAUACGUCUCUGGAGAAUGGUUUGAAGAAGUACUUUGCGAAGAAACAAUGACCACCUUAGAACGAUUAAUUGAUCAGGUGACUGAGUCCAAUGUUGUGGAAUUUGCCCUAUUUCUAACCAAAACAAGUUGCCUACACGCUGAUCUGCUGGACCAAAUAGCAUCUGUCACGCUUAAACAUAUCAACAAGAUCCAUUAUUCAGCCAUAUAUGCCACUCUACUUCCAUUCACUAUCUUGAAUUAUGAUCCUCCACAAGCUGAAGAGUUCUUUGAAUCCAGUAUACAGCAUAUCAGGCCUCAUUUGAAUUUAUGUGACCCUCAUCUUCUGGUCCUACUUGGUUACUCACUAGCUCUGGCAAGCUAUUUUCCUGAAGAUCUAAUUAAGACUAUUUUUUGUGUGGAUUUUCUAGCGAAGUUGGACUCUCAACUUGAUACGUUCCCUGAUGUUCUGAACAUGCGGAUCCGGUUACGUUUGAUGGAGCUGAACAGAGCUGUCUGUUUAGAGUGCCCGGAAUUCCAGACACCUUGGUUUCAUGACCGUUAUUGUCAGCAAUUACUAAAUAAAGGCAAUCCUUCUGUCAGUGCAAUCCAGCAGCAGAUUCAAGAAAUAUUGGAGCACUUAUUGGGAGGAAGUAUCUACUUCAAAACCUCUGUAUUUACCCCAUAUUAUUACUUAAUAGACUUUGAAUGUGUCCUUGACAAAUAUCAAAAGCCUCUUCCUUAUGUUGAUCAAAAUGUUAUGCUACUUUCUGAGAAGAGAAAAAUGUUUUGGGAACCAGACAACAAACAUAUUAAUGAGAAACAGCUAGUACCUGGAACACACAGGAUUGCUAUAGAUUUUCUUGACUCUAAAGCCUUCUGCAAGAACUCUCAUCACAUGAAAGGAGACACUGUUAUGAAAAAGAGACACUUGGAGAUUUUGGGAUACCAUGUAGUACAGAUCCCUCAUUUUCAAUGGAAUUCCAUGGAAUUAUCUACAAAGGAUGCAUGGGUAGAAUAUCUUAAACAAAAGAUAUUUACAAAAAAAUCUUGAAAUCAUGAAUCAAGUUUCAGAUCAGUUGUGGAAAUGUACUAAAUAUUGUAAUAAAGCAGAUUUAUUCUUGUAUUAAUUUUUAUUAUUUCUUAAACCCAAUUC